UGUGCCGCACGCUGCUGCGCGAGAGGCUGUGCCUAUCGAGUCUCUCCCCAGUGGGUUCGGAUCGGAGAGGAGCCAAUACUAGCGGAGGGGGGCGUGUCCUCGCGCUACGCCGAGACCUCCCAAAGCAGGUUGUUGCGUUUUUGGCUCUAAAGCCUGGAGACCUCCGAAGCGCUCGUCAGUUUUCCAAGUUGGAGCCAUGGCGACAACAGCUCAGUAUAUUCCGAGGAAUAACUCCUUACCGUCCAACCCGCUCAUGCAUCCGGAUUCGGAUAGGAUGCACCAGGGGACGACCUACAGAGAGGUGCAGAAAAUGAUGCACCACGAGUACUUGCAAGGGCUUGCAGCGACCAACACGGGGCACCCUAUGAGCCUGACGCACCACCAGUGGCUGCCCACCUCCAACACCGACUGGUCCAGCGGCACCCACAUCGGGCAGCAGGAGCACAAAGCCAGCGUGCAGGCGAGCAGGGACGACUUGAGCAGCGGCUUCCACCACAGAUCCCACCUGGUGCACCAGCAGACGCAAAGCACGCACCACGGCUCGUGGGCGCCCGCCACGACGCACCACUUGUCCCCGCUGUCCCCUGCGUCCAACGGCCACCAGUCUCUGGUCUACUCCCAGCCUGGAUACACAAACCUUAACGCCAUGCUGAGUCCCCAGCCCGGCUCCCUGCAUCACGGCAUGCGGGACCCGCUCCACGACGACACGGGCAGCCACGACAACCAGAUGGAGUCGCCCCAGCAGGCUUUCAGCCACCAUCAGGACCACUCGGACGAGGACGCGCCCAGCUCCGACGACCUAGAGCAGUUCGCCAAGCAGUUCAAGCAGCGGCGGAUCAAACUGGGCUUUACGCAGGCGGACGUGGGCUUGGCCUUGGGCACCCUGUAUGGAAACGUCUUUUCUCAGACCACUAUCUGCAGGUUUGAGGCGCUGCAGCUCAGCUUCAAGAACAUGUGCAAACUUAAGCCGCUCCUUAACAAGUGGCUGGAGGAGACAGACUCCAACACGGGCAGUCCCACCAAUUUGGACAAGAUUGCUGCGCAGGGCAGGAAACGAAAGAAGAGGACCUCCAUUGAAGUGGGGGUGAAAGGAGCGCUGGAAAACCAUUUCUUAAAAUGCCCAAAGCCAUCUGCUCACGAAAUCAGCACUUUAGCCGGCACUCUGCAGUUGGAGAAAGAGGUUGUCCGCGUUUGGUUUUGCAACAGGAGACAAAAAGAGAAAAGAAUGACGCCAGUGGGGGUCCCUCACCCGAAUAUGGAGGACGUAUAUUCCCAAGCAGAGACCCCUCCUCUACACCGCACACUACAGAGUCCUGUGCAGUAACUGUUUUCAUGAACAAUCCCAUUAUUUAGAGACGAGGAGGGGAAAGAGACAGUGGAGUUUACAGUAUUUAAGUUUGGCUUUUUGUUUGUUUUCCUGAGAGAGAGCGAGAGAGCGAGAGAGAGAGAGAGAGAGAGAGAGCGAGAGAGAGAGAGAGAGAGAGAGAGAGAGAGAGAGAGAGAGAGAGAGAGAGAGAGAGAGAGAGAGAGAGCGAGAGAGAGAGCGAGAGAGAGAGAGAGAGAGAGAGAGAGAGAGAGAGAGAGAGAGAGAGAGAGAGAGAGAGAGAGAGAGAGAGAGAGAGAGAGAGAGACGCGAGGAAAGUUGAACAGAUCAGUUUUGCCUUUUUAGUAUUUGGAGAACUCAGUAGAUGACAGAAGGGGGAAAUGUUGAGAAACAAAGAUAAUAAAAUAAUAAUAAUAAAAAAAACGCUGAUUCCAUUUAAAGCAAGGCAAAGAUCUUUAUUUACCAAAAUGUGAUGUGGAGAUGUGAGGUAAACAUUGCUGCAGCUCGUCUCCUGGUGCACCAGGAGCUCACCAGGAUCAGGUGCAGCCUGCAGAAACACACAGUCCACACUGAAUGAACCUUUUUUUAAUUUCAGGCUCAAACCGACUAACCUGAUUUCUGAAUAUUACAUACUUUAUGAUAUCAAGUGUGAUGUUUUGCCUUGGAAAUCCUUCUCUUCUGGUUAUUUUUUACUGUAACUCAUCAGAUCAACAUUUGUUUCCUUUUGUUUAGAGUUAAUGAUGGAAGUUAAGGCACCUGAAAGGUAAAACAAUAAAAAAAAUUAUGUUCAUUUCAGUUAUUAUGUCCAGUGCAGGACGGGUGAGUUCUGAUUGGAUGCCUUAAAAUAAAGUUUCUGCAGCUGACAAAGUCGAAAUUUGCAACCAGGACGCUGCAGAAGCGACUCUAAAUUCGCAUUUGUUAAAUUAAAUUUGCAUGGAGCACUUAUUCAUUUUUUUAUUGUAUUAUUAUAAUUUUCUCAUCUGUCGGAUCUCCAACAGAAAAAAAGGCCUAAAUGUUUACAGGUUUUUACCACAACGCGCUGUCAGCUCAGCUUCCUGCCUGUUAAUCUCUGCUAUUUCCAACGUUUCAAAGAUCAAAUGAAAAGUAAUGAUAACUCAGGUAACUCGGUGCCCCCGCUGCGGAACAUCACGCCUGUAACACCAUCACGUGUUCCUCUGUUUCCGUUCCUUUAUGCUUUUUCUUUGUAUUAUAAAUAAAACAGGCCGACGUGGGAGAAAAGAAAAACGACUCGUUUCCUGGUGAGUAAAGGCAGGAGUUCUCUUUAUAAAUAUAUUUAUUUUGAUUUUUGGUGCAGGAAAUCUGAAAAAUCUCAUGCGUUUUGUGUCAUUUCUCAAUGUUGGACCAGUUUAAAAAAAUAAUAAUUAAAACAAAUAAAAACAUUCGGCAGUGCUGUUCAAUACAGAUGAGGGUUUUUUUCUUUUAAAGAAAAAAAAAUAAUGAUAAUAAAUAAAAAAAAUGAACGUUUUACAGAAAAUGUUGCGAAUCUGUAAAUAUGUCCAAUAUGUAAACUUGUAUUUGUUCCGACAUAUUGUUUUUGUUUGUUUGUUUGUUGAUUUUUUUUCUCUCUUUCUUUCUAUUCCGGGCAGUUUUGUACACUUACUAAUUCCAAGAAGAUAUUUUAAUAUUUCAUUUAUGAAUCUGACCAUUUAUAUAUAUAUAAAUAUUUAUUUCUUGAAAGUGUUUGGAGCUUUUUUUGUUUAGCUCUGUCGAUGGUUUUGUUGCAGUGGAUUUAAAAAUGUUUUUGUUUCCCUUUCUCCGUUUUGUUUACUACAUUGGUUGUAUGUUGACUGCUUAUUGUUGACUGCCAAGUCACAUUUAUAUUUAUGUUAUAGUAAUAUUUUAUUACUUACAUAAAACAUAUAUACAAGA